GGCAUCCGGAACCUUUCUGCUGUGCUUUUUGCCCGGACGUGCAGAAGCGGAGGCCGGAAGUCCUUUGCCCGGAGGUUCCGAGUUUCCUGGGCUACUACAAUGGCGAUGAGUUUCGAGUGGCCGUGGCAGUAUCGCUUCCCGCCCUUCUUUACGUUGCAGCCGAACGUGGACACCCGGCAGAAGCAGCUGGCCGCCUGGUGCUCGCUGGUCCUGUCCUUCUGCCGCCUGCACAAACAGUCCAGCAUGACGGUGAUGGAAGCUCAGGAGAGCCCGCUCUUCAACAACGUGAAGCUACAGCGGAAGCUCCCUGUGGAAUCAAUCCAGGUUGUAUUAGAGGAACUGAGGAAGAAAGGGAACCUGGAGUGGUUGGAUAAGAACAAGUCUAGCUUCCUGAUCAUGUGGCGAAGGCCAGAAGAAUGGGGGAAACUCAUCUAUCAGUGGGUUUCUAGGAGUGGCCAGAACAACUCCGUGUUCACCCUGUAUGAACUGACCAAUGGCGAAGACACAGAGGAUGAGGAGUUCCAUGGGCUGGAUGAAGCAACCCUACUUCGGGCUCUGCAGGCCCUACAGCAGGAGCACAAGGCUGAGAUCAUCACUGUCAGCGAUGGCCGAGGCGUCAAGUUCUUCUAGCAGAGACCUGUCUCUUACUUCUUACCUCCCACCUUUCCAGGGCUUUCAAAAGGAGACAGACCCAGUGACCCUACAGACUGGAUCUGUGACUCCACCAGACUCAAAAGGGCUCCAGUCCAGGGAUGGGUUUCCCACUACCCUGUAUGUCUGUCCUUGGGGAAAGGUGAGGCUGAGGUACCAGGGAGAAAAGAUGUGCUUCUCCUUGCCCUGCCUCCUCUACCAUCCUAGACUGUCCCUGAGCCAGGGUCUGUAAACCUUUAACUUCACAUGUGUUCACAUACGUAAGUACAUACACGCGCCUGCACAAGCUUUUGUCUCUCCCCUUUCCCACCCCUUUAGCUGCUAUUGCCUCACCUCUCAGGCUGGUGCUGGAUCCUUCCUAAGGGGUGAGAGAAGCCCUGGCUGCAGGCAGCCUUCCAGGCAAUAUGAAAAUAGGAGGCCCAGGAAGGGGCCUGGCGUUGAGGCUGGGCUGGACACUGAUUUAUGAUAUUAAAAAGCUCAACCCCA